AUGUCCAUAGAGCACCCAUCACCUCGGCAGUCGCGAGGCAAGCCGCGCAAAUCCUAUCGCGUCGAGGAUGAAUACUCGUUUCUCGAUGAAGACGAGGAUGGCACUGCGCCCUCCGGCAAACAGACACCAUCCUUCCAAAACGGCGAUGAUGACGACGGUGAUGACUUCAUGCCGGAUGCCCAGGAGGAGGAGGUCGAAUACGAAGAAGAAGACGAAGUGGUAGAGGAGGAAGAGGACUCAUCUGAAGAGCAGGCCAAUUCCGACGAAAGUCCUGCACCAACUCCAAAACGCAAUGCACGCAAUGCGCGAGCACCGCAAGCCGUCCCUGCCACCCCAGACGUCCCUCCGAAACGAAGGUACAAUGAUCCCCGCUACAAGGACAUGGCAGACAACAUACCGUCACCAGUCAUAUUCAAGAAAGGAGGUGGCAUCAAAGUAAGGGUUGUCGAUACGGACACCCAAUUACGGACGCGAGGUAUCCCUGAUUUCGACAAGAUUGGUGGUCAUGAGCCGCGGCUGAAGAACCUGUUUGGUCCAGAUGUACAUCAUCUGAGACCAGUACUCGAAUCGAGGGACUAUUGGUUUCCACAAGAAACCUUUCCUAUUCGGAGUUAUAAGAAGAAUAAACCUGAUGAUGCUGAGGUGGGUAGCUUGAGAAGGAGCUUCUUCGAGGCCGAUGGCGCAAGGGAGAAAGAGAAUGAACUCUUGAGGACGUGGUAUGCCAAUACUGGAAGCCAUGCUUUUGCAAAAGCGCAGACAACGAAUAAAUUGACCGCGGACGAGGCGAAACAGUACAUGAUAACCCCAGGAUCGGACACCAUGAACGUACUGGCUGGUCCGGUGAACACUCCCCAAGUCAACACGCUGGCAAAAGGCUCAUACAUGAGCAUCGCAAAACCUUUUCCGGGCGAUCAGGAGCGACGCGGUUGGCUGUUCAACCUUGGCUCUUGGGUGCAAGACGCUCAAUGGGCGACGAACGAGGAAUCCAACACCCAAUAUCUUGCUGUUGCCAUCGAGCAGAGACCUACCAGCGGCGACCAGCCCAAGCCGCUGGAGCAGCCAAAAGCACCUGCAUUCAAUCCUACUGAGCCAUUCCCUGCGUCUAUUCAAAUAUGGUCGUUCGAGGCUGACGAUGAAGGGGACUUGGAUGCAUCGAAAGAGCCGCAACUAGAGCUAGUCAUCUGUACAGACUGGGGUGCGCCAAAACAUCUCAGAUGGUGCCCGGUAGCUGCUACAGACACGACUGAAGAGACAGACGACGCAAGUAGCAGGCAUAUAGGUAUGCUUGCAGGUAUCUGGUCCGAUGGACGAGUGCGCGUCUUGGAUAUCUCCGCACCUCCCAAAGCCGAUACUCACACUCCUACGUAUCUUCAUAUUUCGCGUGCUGCAUUCGAAGUUUCGUUUCCUCAAACAGUGCCCUCGUGCUUGCACUGGCUGUCGGGACAUACACUCGCGGUUGCGACUGCAGCAGGAACUGUGGGUAUCUGGUCUCUAAACCGCCCAGGCACACUGAGAACACCCGACGCCACACAACAUAACCCCAGACCCUGGUUCUAUCAGCAGUUGGCAGACACGUACAUUCUCACAGUCUCUUCUGGAUGGCCGUCCAACCCGCAGUUCUUGUCCAUCAGCACCGCAGACGGUUUUGCGCGUCUCUUCGACCUGCGGAGCCCAAACGCCGACACUACUGCGUCGAUACGAGGUCGCACACUUUGUCUGACGCAGGCAUGGCAUGAGCAUACGCAAUCCUUCGUCAUGCCUGACGAACACUACAUCCUGCGACAUACGCCCAUCCGUCGUUACUACCACAACCUCUACAGCAUGCGAUUAGAAAACAGCAUUACACGCGUCGCGACAAGUCCAGUCCACCCUGGCGUUCUUAUCGGCGGAGUCGACGGAGAUAUCCAAGCCAGCAACCCAAUCAUGCGCAUCACAAACUACAAGAUCAUGCCAUGGCAGCAAAAAUGGUUUGUCCACGAGUGGCGAGGACCGAUGGAUCGAGUGCUAGCCAAGCCUACGACUGGUGAAGAUGUCACCAUGACCGAAGACGACACACCUGAAUUGCAAGCCGGAGAACCAGCUGAUGGAACCAAGAAGGUGCCACAAGAAGUACUCUCGCGACCUCUCGUCCGCAUCACCGAAGGCUACAAGGCUGGUCAAACAGGUAUCGCGCACAGCACAUCUGCGAAUGCGACGAAGAGAGGUAACCCAGAGGUGGGAAGGUCGAUUAGUAUCUUCGAAGAGCUGACUGCCAUCACGGCGCUGGCUUGGAACCCGAAUCUAAAGUUUGGGACGUGGGCUGUUGCGGGUAUGGCGUCGGGAUUGUUGCGCGUGGAGGAUGUUGGUAUCUAG